UUCAUUUAUUACAUAUUUAAAAGAUUAUGGUUACCAAAAGGUAUGUUCAAGAUUGAUGCAAGGUUUGCUAAUUAAUGUUUUUGCGAAAUCUGAACAUUUACCAUACAUCGAUAAUGUGGAGUCGCAGAAAACUGGAACUGGAUUAGGUGGGUUUUGGGGUAACAAGGGUGCUGUAAGUAUACGCAUGAAUCUCUAUAAUGGAAGUGUAACAUUCGUCAAUAUGCAUUUGGCAGCACACGAUGGUAUGAUGGGAAAACGCCUCAAACAGUUUACAAAAAUUUUAUUAUAUCACAACUACAAAACUCUUCAUUAUAUAUUUGAUCACGACGUAGUCACUAUUCUCGGUGAUCUCAACUUUCGAAUUAAAGGCAUAGAUAAUUCUGAGUCCAUAAUUAAUAAAGUUAAAAAUAAAAAUCUUUAUGAGUUACUGGAACGUGACGAAUUACGCAUAUUAUUAGAACAUAAUAAAAUAUUUCAAUGUUUAAAUGAAGUUUGUCCUGAAUUUUCACCAACAUUCAAAUAUAAAGUUGGCACUCAAAGUUAUAACAGAAAGCGACGUCCAGCUUGGUGCGAUCGAAUAUUACACCGGGCGCUAGGUAAGCAGGCACGUUGUAUCGGAUUUCCCGUAGCCUAUGGAACUUUUUUAAAAGUGCAACAAUUAUCAUACAGAUCGCAUUGGAAAUACGUGCAAUCUGACCAUAAGCCAGUUUCAGCAGAAUUCUUAUAUAAAAUGGAAAGAACUAGCAAAUGCAAAUAUUUCAGUGCUGAGGGCGAUUAUAUACGACCGAUUGAUGAACUAUGAAUAUUUCUUCUACGGCAUGAUUAAUCCAUUUCAACAAGAAUGAAGCGGCACCACUCUUGUCACUGAAUUAUGCUUCAAUUAUUGCACCUGUUUCCAUUGGAAGAUACGAUUAAGAAAAUUGAAGAUCUUCAUUGACAUUUCAAAGCUUAUCAAUGUUAGGUAUGCAUAUAUAUAUUAUUAGCGAAACAUUUUGGAGAUGAGGAGAUCCCCACCACGACAUAUUAUUUUAUUUAAUUUAAU